AUGGCUCGUACUCAAAAGAACAAGGCUACUGAGUACCAUCUUGGUCUACUCAAAGCUAAACUCGCCAAAUACAGAUCUCAAAUCAUAGACGGUGAUAGAAAGGCAGCUGCAGCUGGUGGUAAAGGUGAGGGAUUCGAUGUGGAAAAGCAUGGUGAUGCUCGUAUUGCUAUGAUCGGUUUCCCUUCUGUAGGAAAAUCAUCUAUCCUCUCUCACUUGACAGAGACUGAAAGUGAGUGUGCUGCCUAUGAAUUCACAACCUUAACAUGUAUCCCAGGUGUCUUACAAAUUAACAAUGCUAAUAUCUAAUUGUUGGAUCUACCAGGUAUUAUUGAAGGAGCUGCUAGUGGAAAGGGUAGAGGUAGAUAGGUUAUCGCAGUCGGAAAAAGUAGCGAUCUCAUUAUGAUGGUUCUAGAUGCUCAAAAGGGAGAGGAAUAAAAAGCAAAGAUUACUAGAGAGCUUGAGAGUGUAGGAAUAAGACUAAACAAGGUUAAGCCAAACAUUAACAUUAAAGUAAUGAAGACUGGAGGUAUCAUUUUCAAUGCUUCAGUAAAGCUCACUAAAAUUGAUGAGAAGAUGGUCAGAAAUAUCAUGGCUGAGUACAAAAUGCACAAUGCACAUGUGAACUUUAGAGACGACUAUGAUGUGGAUGAUUUAAUUGAUGUCAUUGAGGGAACUCGUAAGUAUGUCAAGUGUCUCUACGUUUACAAUAAAAUUGAUACCAUCUCAAUUGAAGAUGUAGACAAGCUCAUGAGUGUAAAUCACAAUGUGGCAAUCUCCGUACACAUGAACCUUGGUAUCGAUGUGCUCCUUGAAAGAAUCUGGGAUAUGCUCGGACUAGUCAGAAUAUACACUAAAAAGAAGGGAUUCUAACCAGACUUCUCAGAUCCUUUAAUUCUUACUGCUGGAAGAGAUGGAGUUACAGUCAAGUCAGCUAUCAUGCAAAUUCACAGAGGUUUGUUGAAAGAACUUGCUUAUGCUUAUAUAUGGGGAAGAAGUGUUAAGUUCUCUCCUUAGAAAUGCGGUUUAAAGCACGAACUGAAUGAUGAAGAUGUCAUCUAAUUCAUCAAGAAGACUUCAGGGGCAAAAUGA